GAAGUCUUUAACAACAAAGAGAUGGACUUGCCGCUGCUGUAGGAUUCUAAGUCCAGGUCAUCAUUUGAACAAAACACCAGCAACAAUUGAAAACAGUCACAUAACAUCUGUAUUUCAAGGAUGGACCAAAAUCAACAUUCGAAUAAGACAGCAGAAGCACAACCAUCGCAGAAAAGGAAAAGUAGAUGUUGCAGUGGAUUCAAGAUGUUCUUUGCAGCCCUGUCUUUCAGCUUUAUUUCUAAGGCACUAAAUGCAGCCAUUAUGAAAAGUUCCAUCACUCAGAUAGAAAGGAGAUUUGACAUAUCAUCUUCUGUUGCUGGCUUGAUCGAUGGAAGCUUUGAAAUUGGAAAUUUGAUUUUGAUUGUAUUUGUGAGUUACUUUGGAUCCAAACUACACAGACCAAAGAUAAUUGGAAUUGGUUGCAUUAUUAUGGGAAUUGGAUGUAUUUUAACUGCUUUACCACAUUUCUUCAUGGGAUAUUACAGGUAUUCUAAAGAAAUCUAUAAUAAUCCAUCAAAGAAUUCAACAUCAAGCUUAUCAACCUGUUUAAUUAAUCAAAAUUUGUUAGUCAAUAAUACAUCACCUGAGAUACCGGAAAAAGGUAGGGAAUCUGAGUCAUAUAUGUGGAUAUAUGUCCUAAUGGGUAAUAUGCUUCGUGGAAUGGGGGAAACCCCCAUACAACCCUUGGGAAUUUCUUACAUUGAUGAUUUCGCUGAAGAAGGAGAGUCUUCCUUUUAUUUAGGUAGUUUGUUUUCAAUAGCAAUGAUUGGUCCAAUCCUUGGCUUUACACUCGGAUCUCAGCUUUCUAAAAUAUAUGUGGACAUUGGAUAUGUAGAUUUGAGCAGUAUCAGAAUAACUCCUAAGGACUCUCGUUGGGUUGGUGCUUGGUGGCUUGGUUUUCUUUUGGCCGGACUAUUAUCCAUUAUUUCUUCCAUACCAUUUUUUUUCUUGUCUAAAAAUCUGGAUAAACCACAGAAAGAAAGGAAAGUUUCAAUAAGUUCACAUGUGCUCAAAACAAAUGAUGAAAGGAGUCAAAUGGGUAAUUCGACCAACCAUGGGCAAAAUGUUAAUGAAAAUAUGACUGGUUUUUUCCGGUCCUUAAAAAGCAUUCUUACCAAUCCCCUAUAUGUUUUAUUUUUGGUUUUGACAUUGAUACAAUCCAGUGGCUUUAUUGGUGCUAUUACUUAUCUCUUAAAAUACAUAGAGCAACAGUAUGAUAAGUCAACAUCUGAGGCUAACACUGUGGUUGGUUGCAUAACCUUACCGACUAUUGCAACUGGAAUGUUUGUAGGAGGAUAUAUCAUUAAAAAAUUCAAACUUACCUUGCUUGGAAUUGCCAAAUAUUUAUUUUUUAUCAAUAUAUUGUCCACCUUAUUCUACCAAUUUAAUUUUACACUAAUUUGUGAAAGCAAAUUGGUUGCUGGCCUAACCUUAACCUAUGAUGGAAAUAAUCCAGUGGCAUCUCAUAUAAAUGUGCCACUUUCUUAUUGCAACUCAGACUGCAAUUGUGAUGAAAAUCAGUGGGAACCAGUCUGUGGGGACAAUGGAAUUACUUACAUAUCACCUUGUCUAGCAGGAUGUAAAUCUUCAAGUGGCAAUAAAAAACCUAUAGUGUUUUAUAACUGUAGUUGUGUGGAAGCAACUGGUUUCCAGAACAGAAAUAACUCAGCGUAUUUGGGUGCAUGCCCAAGAGAUGAUGAGUGUAGAAAAAAAUUUCAUAUUUAUAUAGUAUUGCAAAUCCUGAAUUCUUUUACAACUGCAUUGGGAACUGCCUCAACUAUCAUGCUGCUUUUUAAAAAUGUUCAACCUGAACUGAAAUCGCUUGCAAUGGGUUUUCAUUCCCUAAUUAUACGAUCACUAGGAGGAAUUCCAGCUCCUAUAUAUUUUGGGGCCCUGAUUGAUAAAACAUGUAUGAAGUGGUCCAUCAACAGCUCUGGAAAGCAAGGGUCUUGUAGAAUAUAUAAUUCCAAGUUAUUUGGGUACAGCUUCUGGGGCUUGAUUGGGAGCACUAAGUUGUUAACAGUUAUUUUGUUUAUCGCAUUUAUUUAUGCUAUGAAGAAAAAAUAUCAAGGAAAAGAUACCAAGGUAUCAGAAAAUGGAAGAAAAACUGUGAAUGAAGAAAACUUAAAAUUCUUAAAUAAUUAUGGACGUUGCAUACCUCCUGCCAGAGCAGAUAGUGAAACACACAUGUGAGGGGAGGGAAAAAAAAUCCUGUUGCUGUGUUUCCAAUCAACAGUGUGUACAUUCAGUAGGAUGUCAUUUCUGAGCAUUUUCCGAUUCUUUUGCUGAUAAUUCCCAUACUCUUUACAUGUGAUGGAACAAUAAAUUACCUAUGAAUUUAUAAUAAUGAAACAAACUAUAAACAAAAAGGAAUAGAAGUACUCAUUGUUAGCAUGAGGCUAUGUAUUUGUGGUUAAGAUUAGAACAUAUGAUCCAUAUAAAUUUAAAGUGAGAUUAGUAUGUAAUAGAAGAAAAAAUAUUUGCUCAGGCAACAUAACUCAAUAAAACAAUAAAAUCAGUGACUAGGUAGAGAUGAAAGGGGGGAGCAGAAAUUAAUAGCCUAAAUUUAAAAAAAAAAAUCUUAAGAUUAAAAAAAAAA